AUGAGUUUUGAUCCGGCCUGGUUAAGCGAUCCACCAACAAUCGUGGAGGACACGGAAGAUCUGCUGCGAGCCUUCAUUCUUGAGCCGACAAUUCCUAUACACGAACCAAAACCUUACUUUGAACCACGCCAUCCGUCCGUAGACCUGCUGUACCACAUUCCUCACGCAUCCAUCAUUACGCGCAUCGUACCGGAACGGUGCCCGGAGACGGGAAAGGUGUUAGAUUUUAUCGAAACAGUGGUACAGAAUGCGGGUUCAACUGCCAAAAAUUCCAUGUCGCUGCAGCGAGAACCGACCGAAUCGCUCGAUUCGGCACGCGGAUCAGCAUCGUACUUUCCAUUUUGGCCCGGUGGAUUCGAUGAACCGGAAGCCAUGCUCGCAAACAUUGCGCCUUAUCCGAUGUUUGAUACGGAGCUGAAAUCGUGUCCUCCCGGGUUUGCAACUGGUGUAGCGUUUGAAACGAACGACACGGAUGGUGAACGAACGGAAGGUAAGGAAGGUGUAAUCGAUCUCCUGUCAGCCAUCGAUAGCGAGGAAAAUUUUGAUCUAUUUCCCGAGAAACAAUCCAAGAAUGUGGCUAUUGGAACAUCAGAGCCAACGGAUCUUCCGAAUGAUAUCGAUGAGGAAACUCUACUUGUCAUGGACAAGGUAAAGCCCGAAGGACAGGUGUUGAAAAUUUCCAACAUCAGCAGCAACGUAUCCCAAUCUGCAGAAUGGGCCGAAAUGAUCGAUAUCUCCAAGCCAGUGGAUGAUUUUUACGUCAAAAUCCCGGUUAUGGCACACCGGUUUCCGUUCGAACUGGACAUCUUUCAGAAGCAGGCGAUUUUAAAGCUCGAGGAGCACAAUCAUGUGUUUGUGGCGGCACACACAUCCGCAGGGAAAACGGUCGUGGCUGAGUACGCGAUUGCACUGUCGAAGAAACACAUGACGAAAACGAUCUACACAUCUCCGAUCAAGGCACUGUCAAAUCAGAAGUAUCGUGACUUUAGGACCACCUUCCAGGAUGUAGGUCUCAUUACCGGUGACAUACAGAUCGAUCCGACCGCUUCCUGUCUUAUCAUGACGACGGAGAUUCUGCGCUCGAUGCUGUACUGUGGAAGCGACAUUACGCGCGAUCUCGAAUAUGUGAUCUUCGAUGAGGUGCACUACAUCACCGAUUCCGACCGAGGGCACGUGUGGGAGGAAGUGCUGAUCCUGCUUCCCGAUCACGUGUGCAUCGUGAUGUUGAGCGCUACCGUCCCCAACACGAUCGAGUUUGCAAAUUGGGUUGGUAAGACGAAAAAAAAGCGCGUGUGGGUCGUUAGCACUGCGAAACGGCCAGUUCCACUCGAACACUACCUGUACACCGGGUUCGGUGGCAAGUCGAAGAACGAUUCGUUCCUGAUCGUGAACGAGCACAGUCAGUUCCUGCAGGCAGGUUACCUCAAGGCGAAGGAAAGCUGUGAAGCCAGACAGGUUAAGAACGCUAUUCGUCGACCCGGUCCCUACAGCCAGCGGCAGGAACAAACCCUUUGGGUCGGUCUGAUCGACCAUCUGCAGAAGCAAGAAAAGCUUCCUGUGGUAGCGUUCACGCUAUCGCGCAACCGAUGCGACAAAAAUGCUGAAGCACUCAUGUCCUGUGAUCUUACGACGGCUCGGGAGAAAUACGCUAUCACAUUCUUCUUCCAGCAGUGCAUGCAGCGACUAAUUCCACCCGAUCGUGUACUGCCUCAGGUGGUGCAGAUGCAGAGCUGUCUCGAGCGUGGCAUCGGCAUUCAUCACAGUGGCAUUCUGCCCAUUCUGAAGGAGAUUGUUGAGAUGCUGUUUGCCCGCGGGCUGGUAAAAAUUCUGUUUGCCACGGAAACAUUCGCGAUGGGUGUGAAUAUGCCCGCUCGGACGGUAAUUUUUGACAGUACGCACAAGUUCGAUGGACUGUCGGUACGGCCUUUGCAACCUUCCGAGUACACACAGAUGGCCGGUCGUGCCGGACGUCGUGGACUCGACAAGACCGGUACGGUAAUUAUCAUAUGCAAGCAAAAUCUGCCAACCGAUGCGGAGCUAAAAACAAUGAUCCUCGGCAAACCGAUCCGGUUGGAAUCACAGUUCCGGUUGACGUACGCCAUGAUGCUGUACCUGUUGCGGGUGGAGCUGGUUUCGGUGGAGAACAUGAUGCUGCACAGCUUCCGCGAGUUUGAUAAACGUUUGCGGAUGCCCCAGAGUAAGUUGGAACUGACCAAAGUGCAGGAGAAGGUGUCCGCACUCAGCAAGCUGAGCGAAAAUCUGAUGCCUUUGUGUGAGUUCUACGAAGCAGCCAUCAUUUAUAUUGAGCUUUGGAACGAAUUGCUGCCUAAACAGCUGUGCCAACCGAAGGCAAUAAACGAGCUUAAGGUGGGCCGUGUAGUGGUGGUGACGGACAAACACCAUUACAAUAAGCUUGGCAUAUUGCUCUCCGUCUCGCUACAAUCCCACAAGGACAUGAAGCUGGUCGUGCUGGUGCUGGACCACCAGGUGAAUAAAUCCGACUACGGUCAAACGGAAUCCGGCCUGGACAGGGGACCGCUUUGGCAUAGGAUGCUUUCUCUAGCGCUUCCAUAUCAAACGUUUCUGCCGGAAGGUGUUGGUGGACACUGUGUGCUAACCCUUGCGCCUGCCAACCUGAUCGAGGUGACCAAGCAUACGAUCAAGUGUGACGCGAGCAAUAUUAUUCGCAGCUGGGAAAAUCGUCUAAUUCCACGGUUUCGUGAUGCACCGCCAUCACAGAGCACCGUAGAGGCUGUGGCCAGUUUGGCCGAGCUAAAUGUGUUGGUGGUAGAAUCCGGUUGCGUGACUGGUACGCUAGAGUGUGUCCGUUUCCAGCGAGAUCUCAGCAAUCUGGAGCUGACGGAGCAGCUGAAAGUGGCCCAGGAACAGCUGUACCGGUGGAUACCGUACACAAACAUUGCGGAUUUCGAACACGAAUUUGCGCUAGUGUACGAUCGCAAGCAGCUGGAAAGGAAGCUGGACGAGCUAAAGUAUCAGGCGUCGUACGAAAGCAUGUCACUGUAUCCGGACUAUUGUCGGAAGUUGCAGGUACUGCAAGAGCUGAAGUAUAUCGACGAUAUGCAGCAAGUGGCCAUGAAGGGUCGGGUUGCCUGCGAAAUGGGACAGAACGAGCUGAUGAUUACGGAACUGGUGAUGCGUAACAUACUCACAGAUCUGCAGCCUGCCGAAAUCGCUGCGCUGCUGUCGAGCCUUGUGUUUCAAGCGAAAACGGACGUUACGCCGACACUCACCGAAACACUGCAGAAGGCCGAGACACAGUUCCGCGAGGUAGAGAACGACAUCCGGCUAGUCGAGCGACAGUACGGUGUUACCGAUGUCUCGAAGAAGGAAGAGCUCAACUUUGGCCUAACGGAGGUGGUGUACGAGUGGGCCAGAAACAAACCGUUCGCCGAGAUUAUGAUGCUAACCGACAUCAAGGAGGGCAUCAUUGUACGCUGCAUCCAGCAAUUGAAUGAAACGCUCUGCAACGUGAAGGAUGCCGCGAGAAUCAUCGGUGAUCCGGUGUUGCACAGCAAGAUGGAAGAAGCGUCGAAUGCGAUCAAGCGUGACAUUGUGUUUGCGGCCAGUUUGUACACCUCAAACACACCGAUAGUUAUUGGGGAUGUGUAG